AUGGCACAGGGCAUGUUCUGCGGUGGGACGCAGAAGAUCGUGGUCUUCAUCCCCCUGGUGGCCUGCUUGGGGUUGAAGCUCGAUGUUCGUACUUCGGAUGAACCGGAGUGCAAAGGCAAGUUGGUGGCCUCCAAGAAGCUAUGCUCCGAAGUGGACCCAGAAACGAAGAAGAAAUGCGGGGACAGGUUUGUGGAAGUCAGCGCUGGCCAGUACAUGCAGUGUGUGUGGGAAUCCAGUGAAUGUCUGACCGCAAGUGGUUUGAAUGAGUACUGCAAAAAACCGUCGGCACCGCAGCCGACGAAGGACGGGAUGUUUGCCUGGUUCAAGAGCGAGGAUGCCUCGACCUCCAAUUGGAAAAGCAAGGUGGGCAACUUCAAGGGCUUUGGAACGGGGAAUGGCAUGAAGAUCGAGACAGAAGAAGGGCACGGGGCAAAAAAGAAGGUGAAAUUCCUGAAGGGCAGCAAUGCCGACAUCUUCGACUUCGAUGCGAUCCUCCCCAAAGACUACACCAUUUGCUCCGUCAGCCGCUAUACGGGCGGCCACAAGAACAGAAUUCUCCAGGCGGGGAAGCCCUUAAAUUGGCUGCACGGGCACUGGGCAGGGAACACGGGCGUGACCUACUACCAAGAGUGGAACACGCAGAGCUCUCGGCAUCAUGGCAGUGAGGACUGGGUGGUGCUUUGCGGCACCAACAACAAGCAGGUGUACGACGGCAGAGAUCCUUCAAAGAACAUUGCAGGCUCUGUCGGAAAAGCCUUCGCACAAGUUGAAAAGUUGUACGUUAACCGGGGCCACCACGAGUAUUCGGACUUCGGAGUGAUGGAAAUCAUCACCUACAAGAAGCAGCUGACUGAGAAGGAGAUCCAGGCGACCAUCGAGUACUUGAAGUGGAAGUUGGAGAACGGCACCCCCGAGUAG